AUGACCCACUCUUGGCCUUCUCAGCAGCCCCCUGGAGAAGGACAGACAGAGCUUUUCCUCACGUCUGGUUCUAAGGACGUGAAACAGCAUAGCAGUUUAGCAUCCCAGCACAAGCAGGCGAGGGAUGACUCUUCCAUGAGGAUGUCCUCUAACCCGCAUGUGGCCCCUCACAAAUCCAUGUUGGCUGAUGACCUGAAGCUCAGCAGUGAUGAGGAGGACAGUGACAAGCACACACAUGGCAGGAGAGUGAGACAUUCCAGUUCAGGCUCCUCAGGUUCCGAUUCCUCCAGCGAGUCGGAGAGCAGCAGUCAGCGUUCCCGCAGUCCGAGCCCGGAGACACUCGCUCAGCCUCGUACACCCAGCCCCACUCACGCCGCGAUCUACAGCAAGGAGGUACUUCUACAACAUUACUACAACCCACCCUCCACCCAAUGGCAACUGGACAAGUGGCUAGAGAAAGUCGGUAAAAAACGGGAGUUGGUUAAUCACGACCCAGGAGGAAGGCGGGCAUCCUGCAGUGACUUUGAUCGUGGACCUUCUCCAGCAAGAUACUGGGAAAGAGACUCUAGUCCCAGGAGGAGUCAAAACUACAAUUCAAGCCAAAGCCCUGUACCCAGCCCCAAGUUUGACUAUAGUCCCAGACAUAGUCCUCGCCAUAGCUCUGAAUAUAGCCCUUAUCAAAGCCCAGUAAUUAGUCCCGUGCCAAGUGUGUGCCCAAGCCCAGGUUCCAGCCCCAGAGACUGUCGAAGCCCCAGUCCCAUACCCACACGGCCACCCAGAAGUCCCAGUCCAAACUUCAAUCCUGUCCCUCAGUCAAGAGAUAGCCACUAUACCCAGAAACAUCAUCAUCAUCAGGGGAGUCCCAGGUUUUCCUCACGGCCUGUUCGUGCCUCUAGUCCUGUGCCUAAGCCCAAAGUUAGGCCGUGGAUACCUCCACAUCAUAGCACUGACUUUAGAAAAGAAUCACGACCUGGUCCAGUCCCUCAGCAUCAUCCCAAACACAGUCCCGUAACAAAGCCCAGUCAUAAACCUCACAAGCCCAAACCUCAAAGCUCUGAGCACAGAUCUAGUCAUAGGUCUGAAUCCGCCAAAAACUCAAGUCCUAGACCCAAGUCCCAACCUAGUUCGAGACCAAGCCUUAGCCCUAAGCCAAAACCCAAGCACUUACUGACCAAUGACUGCAAUACUGUGCAAAACCAGAGAUCCAACGAUUACUCCUCCAAAUCAACUAACGGUUCCAGCUCCAAAUCCAGGCAUAAUCCUACACCUAAAGCCAAGCACUUAGCCUCCACAGAGGGGAGUGGUCGAACUGACCACGCCUCGAACUCUGGCUCCAGGUCCACGACCCGGCCUGACCCAGAAUCUGUCACACAGCUGGUCCCUAAGCCGAGCUCCAGGCGUAGUCCCAGCCCAAAACCAAAGUCCAAAUGCAAGGAGGCUGCAGUGCCCAGUUCCAGACCCACACAGAAAGAACCACUGUCUAGGGAAAGAGAGCAGGAGUUGGACAGCCGCGGUAAGGCCCGGGGUGAACCCCUGGUCCAGGCUGCGGAGGGCAAAAAACAGAGUAGACUGGCGGAGGAGCAGUUAAGAAGGCGCCGCUGGGUCCUGAGUUCUGAGGAAGACGAGGAGGAGGAGGCGGAGGAAGAGAGAAAGAGGAGACAGCAUAGAGAGAAGGAAAGGAAAAAGCAAAGGAGGAGGGAACAGGACACUGAAUGGCAGGCUGUGCAGCCCAAACAGAGACCUCACACCAACAGCAAGCAUCACUCUCGGCCAGAGAGGAGCGGUCAGACCCGAGAGGAGCACGAGGAGAAAAAGCAGAGGAGGAGCAGUGAAGAGGAGUCCACCUCGCACCUCCGCGUGGCGGACUCUCCCUCUCCUCCUCUCUCUCCGCCCUCUCCCCCCAAUAUCGUUCCUCGCCCAAAGUCGUCUUUCUCCUCGUCCUCCUCGUCUUCGUCAUCAUCCUCCUCAGACUCAGACUCUGAGCCCGGCCCGCCGCUAAACGUCACCAAAGUCCCGGCAGACUCCACGUCAAGCAAAAGGCCCGCGCCCAAGAGGAGGCAUCAAGAGCAGGGCAGAUCCACAGAGACCUCCAGGCCAGGUGUUGUUCACUCCAGAAGACAAAGCACAGAUAAUCCAAGCAGGGAACAACAGGGCGGAAGGCAGCACAAGCUCUACACGCUGGUUCCGUUCGGCCGCACCGAGAAGUCCCCUACGGUCGCGCAUCGAGGCCUCAAGAAGCUGGUGGUGAAAAUAGACCUUUCACUUCUGGGAAGAGUUCCCAACACAAGCCAGGUCUCCGAGAGACGAUCCUCAGCCUCAUCUUCCUCUUCUUCGUCAUCAGCAAAGGCCAAAGAAAAUCCAUCCAUGAGGCAGGUGUUCCAUCCGGAGCAGGAGCCUGGAGAUGGCAGGAAAAAACGCAAGGCUGAGAAUGGGGAUGUUCACAGAGAGAGUAAGAGAAGUAACUUGCACACGGAAAGCCUACCUCGGCAGUCGGCAGGAAAAGAGCGUCUGGAAGGAUACUCCAACAAGAGAGCUGAAGGGAACCAAGACGAUUACCAUGACAACAAAACACCGCGGUCUCCUCUGUCCUCUCUCUCUGACGCUCUGGAGAUUUCAAAGUCUUCUGUCAAAGGUCAGGCCGCAGAGCCGUUCCACACACGCACAGCAAAAGACAGAGACUCUAGCAAACAGAAAACACAGGUGCAGGACACUAAGCCCAAAGUAGAGGUGGAGUGUCCAGGGGGCUCAGAGCGUUCUCAGCUCCCUCGUGGACCCUUGUUUCCUCCCCAAAAGCAAGCACCACGCCUGCGAGGAACUGUGCCCCACAAUGAUGUCUCACACCACGCUGACUACUACAUGCACGAGGCAAAGAGGCUAAAACACCGUGCAGAUGCUAUGGUGGAUAAGUUAGGGAAAGCUGUGAACUACGUAGAUGCUGCUCUCUCCUUUAUGGAGUGUGGUAAAGCCAUGGAAGAGGGCCCCCUAGAGGCCAAGUCUCCGUACGCCAUGUACGCAGAGACAGUGGAGCUAAUAAGAUAUGCGAUGAGACUAAAGAGUCAUUCUGGCCCUGGAGCCCGUCAGGAGGACAAACAACUGGCUGUUCUCUGUUUCCGCUGCCUCGCUCUCCUGUACUGGCAAAUGUUCAGACUGAAAAAGGAUCAUGCUUUGAAAUACUCCAAAGCUCUGAUGGAUUACUUUAAAAGCCCUCCUAAAGUGCCUCACUCAACAGCCUCUUGGGCCGAGUCCAGGAAGGGACCCGGACAGUCUUCAUCCAUAUCCCCCACUCUACUGGGUUCCAUUGGGACAAAUGCAGGCUCCUCCCCUUUCAUCAGUAUUCCCCAACGUAUCCACCAGAUGGCAGCAAACCACCUCAACAUCACCAACAGUGUGCUCUACAGCUAUGAGUACUGGGAGGUGGCAGAAACUCUGGCCAAAGAGAAUAAAGAGUUUUUUAACUACCUGAACACGCUGACUGGACCCCUAACCCUCCACAGUAGCAUAUCCCAUAUUGUUCAGUACACCAGACAAGGGCUGCAGUGGAUUCGGAUCAGCGCCAAUCUGUCAUAG